AUGAUCUUCUCUCUUAUACUCACGCCGCUUGUGGCACUCGCAAGCCCUACCCAUAGAAGUUUGAGACUCUUGGGCCGCGAGACAACUGGGGUAAACUCCUUUAAUAAUACGAACUUGGCCCAACCAGCAACUACCAUUUUCCCGCAAAAAGCAUCCAGCGAUGCACCUUUCAGCCUCAGCGAGAAUACUCUUCGUAGCGCUAUCUACAUUCCAUCUACGUUCGAAUACGGUUCCGGGUCAAAAUCCCCCGUUAUCUUGAUCCCGGGAACUUCACUUCCAGCAGGCACAACUUACAGCAAUGGUUUUGGCAAACUGCUGGCCAAUACCUCCUACGCGGAUCCUGUAUGGGUGAAUAUCCCUGGAUACAGCCUUGGGGAUGCUCAAGUAAACGCAGAAUACGUCGCCUACGCAAUUAACUACAUCGCUGGCGUUAGCAAAGGAAAGAAUAUAUCACUAGUUUCUUGGUCACAGGGCGGACCUAAUAUACAGUGGUCAUUGAAGUACUGGCCAUCCACUCGGGAGGUGGUAAACGACUUUGUCGCUUUGAGUCCGGACUUUAAGGGUACUACUGAGGCCAUCCUUAUCUGUUCAGGCCUAACCGGGGACCUCUGCGAGCCAUCUAUUCUUCAGCAAGAGAAUACAUCGGAAUACAUUGCAACACUUCGCAAUAAUGGCGGGGAUAGUGCCUACGUUCCCACUACAACAUUCUACUCUUCGACAGACGAGAUUGUUCAGCCACAAGACGGCAAGAAUGCGUCUGCGUACAUACUUGAUGCAAGAAAUGUUGGUGUUACGAAUAACCAGGUUCAAUCUGUCUGUUCGAAUUCCACACAGAUAGUGUUACAUGAAGGAGCGCUCUACAACUCUGUGGCAUGGGGUCUCAUAGAAGAUGCACUAACUCAUGAUGGGCCUGGCCAGAUAAGUCGGCUAGAUAUUCAGACCUUAUGCAAGGCUGCAGCUGCACCUGGCCUGGACUCCCUUUUGGGCGAGUCGAUUAUAGUGAAUGCGGUACCAAAUAUCCUUGCCUAUCAUCCCAAAGCUACCAAAGAACCUGCUAUAGCGUCUUACGCUGGGUAG